AUGGCAACUUUAUUACCGGGUAAUAUUGUAUAUGGUGGACCAGUUACUGGUACUGAAACCAAACAAUACAAAUCAUUGGGCCACUAUGCAAUGGAAAAAUAUAAGAGCUUUGGAACACAAACUGUUUUGAUCGAUGCUGUUUCCGGUCAAGAAUACUCCGCCGAAUUUAUGUACAAAUCUAUUGUACGAUUGGCGCAUGUCAUGAAACAUCUAGGUGUUAAAAGCAAUGACGUUGUCGGUUUGUCCAGUGAAAAUCGUUUGGAGUAUGCCAUCACAUUGUUUGCCGCUUUUGUUGUGAAUGCCACUGUGGCACCACUGAAUGUUACUUAUUCGGAACGCGAAGUUCAUCAUGCCAUGAAUUUAUCGAAACCAAAAGUAAUGUUUGCAUCCAAGCUGACAAUUGAUCGCAUUGCCAAGGUGGCAAAAAAUAAUUCUUUCGUUAAGAAACUUAUUGUUUUCGGCAAUCAAUCGCCCAGCUCUAAUGUGUUGGCAUUCGAUGAAUUAAUGAAGAGCGAUAAAAUUCCAUCACAAAAUACAUUCGAAUGUGUAAUUGCCAAUAAGGAUGAUGAUGUUGCAUUGAUUGUAUGCUCGUCGGGUACAACUGGAAUGCCAAAGGGUGUACAAUUGACACAAUCAAAUAUUUUGAGUACGAUCGAUUCGCAAUUAGAACCAACUGCCCUGCCCUUGGGUGAAAUUAAAAUGUUAACUGUCAUUCCAUGGUUCCAUGCUUUUGGUUGUCUUACAUUGAUCACCACCGGCUGUAUGGGCGCCUGUUUGGUGUACUUACCCAAAUUUGAAGAUCACCUAUUCUUGAGCGCCAUCGAGAAAUAUCGCGUUAUGAUGGCAUUUAUGGUACCACCAUUGAUGGUAUUCCUUGCCAAACAUCCAAUUGUCGAAAAAUAUGAUUUAUCUUCGUUGAUGGUAUUGUUGUGCGGUGCUGCACCCUUGAGCAAAGAAACCGAGGAUCAAAUUAAAGAACGUAUUGGUGUGCCAAUUAUCCGUCAAGGUUAUGGCCUGAGCGAAUCCACAUUGAGUUUGUUGGUACAAAAUGAUAAUGCCUGUAAACCGGGUAGUGUUGGCGCUCUAAAAGUUGGCCUCUAUGCUAAGGUUAUUGAUCCCGAUACGGGCAAAGUGUUGGGGCCCAAUCAGCGUGGUGAAUUGUGCUUCAAGGGUGAUUGUAUUAUGAAGGGCUAUAUUGGUGAUCCGAAAUCAACUCAAAGUGCCAUUAUUGAUGGUUGGCUACAUACCGGCGAUAUUGGCUAUUUCGAUGAUGAUUUUGAAUUCUUUAUUGUCGAUCGCAUCAAGGAGCUGAUUAAAUACAAAGGUUUCCAGGUGCCACCAGCUGAAAUUGAGGCCUUAUUGUUGACUCAUCCCAAGAUUAAAGAUGCUGCUGUUAUUGGCAAGCCAGACGAAGAGGCUGGUGAACUGCCCAUGGCCUUUGUUGUCAAACAAGCCAAUGUUGAACUAAGCGAAAAAGAUGUCAUUGAUUUUGUUGCUGAACGUGCUUCCCCCGCCAAGAAAUUACGUGGUGGUGUGGUAUUUGUUGAUGAAAUUCCCAAAAAUCCCAGUGGCAAGAUUUUAAGACGUGUUCUACGUGACAUGCUCAAGAAGAAACCCAAAUCAAAGUUGUAAAUUAUUA